GCUGAUCCAGGGUCAGUAAACUGUGUGCUAUACGUAUAAGGUACACAUUCACAUUGCGAUAACCGGACACUUACUUCCGUCUUGAGGAAGCGUGAUGUUAUAUGUCAGGACUAUGGGUUUGACAGCGGGUUUAAGUUUACAGAGUUUAAGGUGUCAGAUGUUUAGAUCACUGUGUGUCAGUAAAUGUUAUAACUCACAUUACUUUAACACAAGAGCAGCUUACACAUGCGCGGUGCCGGCACGCACCAACAGACCGUUUAGGACGUGUUGGACAGCACCAUGUGUAUCCCAUAUGAUGAACAUAAGGACACUGUCCACUUUACCUCCACCACCCUCAUCUGGACAGAACAAAUCCAGCAACAGGAAAUCUGGCCCUGUUACUUGGAAAUCUCUUGCUAUUACAUUUGCAUUGGGAGGAGGUCUACUUCUUGCCAUGAAAUACUUCAAGAGAGAAAAAGAGGAAAUGAUUGAGAGAGAAAGAAUCAAAUCAAUGGGAAAACCAGCACUUGGUGGUCCAUUCAAUCUGGUAGACCACAGCAAUAAACCCACAAAGAGCGAAGAUUUCCUCGGCCAGUGGGUGCUGAUCUAUUUCGGUUUUACACACUGUCCAGAUAUUUGUCCUGAUGAGCUGGAGAAAAUGAUCGAAGUCGUAGAUGAGAUAGACAGAAUUAAGACUCUUCCGAAUUUAACACCAAUCCUCAUAACAAUUGAUCCUGAUAGAGACACACCAGAGGCAAUGUCAGCAUAUGUCAAAGAAUUUUCUCCCAAGCUGAUUGGAUUAACAGGCACGACUGCUCAAAUUGAUCAAGUGUCCAGAGCCUACAGAGUGUACUACAGCCAGGGCCCUAAAGAUGAAGACAACGACUACAUAGUCGAUCACACCAUCAUAAUGUACCUGGUGGGACCUGAUGGCCAAUUUCUGGAUUAUUUUGGACAGAACAAGAGAUCUUCGGAGAUCUCUGCCUCCAUUGCAUCUCACAUGAGGAAGUAUAAACAGGGAAAGUGAUGUGGCGCUGUUAGGUGUGAAGAGUUUAGGAUCUGUUGCACAGCACCAUGUGUCUCCUCCACCUCCUCAUCCUCAUCUGGACAGAACAAGUCUAGCAACAGAAGGACUGCUGUAAAGACAAUAACACCAGAAAGUGCAACCUCACAUUUAAUAAAAUCACAGAUUUUACUACUGUUCAAAACAGUGUACUGAUUGCAUGACAUUUAUUAUUAAUUUCUGUAAACAUCUGUCAUAUUCAAAGGAUUCAACUUAAAUAAAGUCCAGUGUUUUUUUAAUCAGUUUGGUCAUUGACUGUA